GAAAAAUGGCUACGAGUCCAGGGAUGAAGUGGUCAGUGAGCGUAAAACCGCUCCUGACUGCUUCUUACUCGUCAUUCAACAAAGAUGAUCUACCUGGAUUUGCAAAAGCUUUAACCAAAAGUGAAAAAGACAUUCUCGAACAUGAAGCUCAACAUGAAAAGUUCUAUUCUGCUUUUGUGGCACUGGCUUCACACUAUAUGAGUGCAAGUGCCAGAUCGGUACCAUCAGCCCACCUUGGAUCUGUGUCCAGUGCAUGUCGUGUACUACUGAAGUUUCUGCUGACAAAAUUACAGACCUAUCAUGAUGAGUGCUGCAUUACACAGAAACACCUGAUGAUGUUGAUCAAGGCACUGUGUACAGGGAGUAGUGGUCUAAACAAGGCCGAUGUUACAUCUUAUGUAGCUGUCCUUCGCCAAGCUCAGGCCCCAGCCCAUAUACGGGAAACUGAUACAGAAGCUGUUGAAACUCAACCUAAGGAAAUAGCCCGAUCAAGACUUGACACCGGAAGUGACAUAUUUGACCAACUGACCUCAGUAUUUGAGGAAGUGAGCAUAUCAAGCCCACACAAAGCAGAGCCUGUGGUCGAUCCUUUAGUAAAUGAUGAGGACACAUCUCAUAGUCGACACAGUCGCGAGUCAGAAGAUUUGAAAGUUGCUUUUGGAAAGAGAAACUUAUCACACCUUCUCCAGCUAGAUGGAGCGGAUAUCUUGGUGGACGUGUGCUCCAGUUUGACAUUCCUGGGAAGAUAUUCCCAGCGCUACAAAGAGGCAGUGGCAGGCACCUCUUUCAUCAUGCCUAACACUCUGGUGGAGGCCCUCACAUCAAGGACAAGCUACCAGUGUCUGCUGAGCGAUAUUUCCAUUGUGUGGCGAGCCUUUAGCCUACCUAUACUGGAGCCACUGUCUCCAAAGAGGAUGGAGAAAAUUGUCAACAUCACAAUGAGCUGUCUGUAUGCCUCUCUGUCUGUUGCCAUGGCAAACAAUGUUGUGGCUCUAACCAGCACUACUCCAGCCAAGUCAACAUCAAGUAAAGACGAAGAGAUUGACAACUAUGGAACUACUGUUAUUCAAAGAAGUCUGGAAGUAUUCAACACAGUAUCAACUGUUAUGAGGAAUUCCACAAGAGCAGGAGGCAAUACGGCCCAAAACCUGAAUCUAAUGGCGGCUUGGUUGUUGUUGGGGGGUCUACAGAACAUCGUUGUCCUCACUCCCUCCACUGUGUUGGAAAGGAAGGAACCAAGUAAACCCAGGGCGCCUGUCCAGCCAUCCGACAGCUCUACUAAACCAAAGGAGGUACAGUCCUCUAGUCGUGGCGGCACUUGGAAAAGCUCGUUCCACGGGUUUGGAGCAUUAUCUGUUGCCCUGGCUACCAAGGCUGUACAACUGGUGCAGGAGUUGCUGGCUGAUCUACAGGUCGAGGGCAUGGUGCCAGAUCUGGGAACAACUGCUCCACCAAAACCUGGCCUAGACUUUACCAUCAUGACGUACCAGACAGCCUGGAAACGUGUCAAGAAGCUGCUGAAUAGCAUUAAUCUGACAGACCUAUUGUUCAACCUGGUGGAAAAUUCCUUCAGAAAGGCAUCUCUGCUGCGCAGGCUGAAGCAGGGGACCGAGUCGUCCGAGACAAGUAGUAGCAGUGCGUCCGACUCCAACACAUUCUACGAGGAUGACUUCAGCUGCUCUGAGGAAAGCAGUGAUGAUGAGGAUGAGGAUUCAGAGCCAAUCCUCGGUGGUCUGUUUGAGGAGCCAGUCCCUAUCUCGGACACUAUGGAGCCCUCUGCCCCACCCCCAGUUCCUGCUCGUGUUGACGUUCCUAGUGAAGGCAAACGGUCCCGUAAGAUCAGCAGUGGGGACAGCCCCAACUUUGUUCCAGACAAACGGGAGCCAGAAGGGUUUGUCCUACUGGCUGCAGACAUCCUGACCUUCCUAAGUCAGUCCUUCCUCAAUGCUACAGACCGUGAACUACAGAAGAUAUUACGAUCUUCCCUGAACGAGGAUCACAUGGGAAAUCUGGCCACACUUGUACGUGAACUUGACCGGGAGUGUAUCAAGUACGCAUCUGACAAGGUGUUUGAUGGUUUGUCAAUAGCAUUGGCCAAAUUCAACCACAAUCUCAUCUCCAAGGGAUGUCUUACCGAGACACUGGAGGACAUACUGCUGAGCCAGUUGGGUAUUAACCCUAGUGCCGUGGAGCCCUGGCCAAUGACAGUGCACACCCGGACCCUUGCUAUCCUGGCAGAGGUCAUACUCCUCAAACAGCAGCGUGAACGUGAGGCCAAGCUCAUGAAAAGUCAAAGUGAGGCUGCAGUGAUCAGUAUCUGGGUCAACUUCAUCACAACUCUGAAGAGCAACAUUAUUGAGCUUGAUCCUCAGGUUGACUCCUGUGACGAUAUCAACGUGGAACACCUGCAGUUGCUUAUCUUCCUGUUCCACAGUCUGCCCCUGAUGAAGAAAAAGUCACUCCUGCUGCAGAUGGCACAGAAUCUGAUUGCCAUAAACGAGAUGGACAUUGUUAAGCUGGAGAACAUGGUGCCACUGCCCCUCACCCGACUGUUGGUUGUGUUUGAGUAUCUUCUACACUACUUCUAUGAUCCACCCCCUGAACUCAUGGAACAGGUGAGAUGGAACCUGUUUGCUGUACAUGCCCAGACAGCUGCCCCAGAGGAGGAUGGACUUUCAUCUAGACAGACGGAGUUCUUCGCCUGCAGAGAGGUGGAGGAAAACUAUCGGAGAAACCUCACUGCUCAGGAAAUCUCCGACGGCAUACAGAGACCACGUUUCUACAACCUGGGACCAAUCAAUGUCAAUUCACAGGAGACCCCUAAAGUGGACGGACUGGCAUGUAGUUUCCUGCUGUCCAGUGCCGACGUGGUCAACUAUAACCAGUUGUACGAUGCCUGUAUCUCUCUGUCGAUGGUGGGCUCUAAGUGUGAUAAGGUCAAGGGAAAGCUCUCCAUACUGGAUGCGUCGGCACUCCACUAUCACUUUUACGUAAACUGGCGACUACUGGCAUGCCUGCCCCCCUCCAUACAGUAUCUCCGCAUGCUUGAGAGUGGCGAGCUGGAUAUGUCAAAUGGACACAUCUUACACACCUUGCGGUGGGUCUCCAGGCUCGGACACAAGGUCUUCAGUGGCUGGAUGAAGGAUUACCUGGUGAAGCAGGGGUUGACCACACAGCAGUCCGAGACCCUACUGACCAGUGCUAACAAGGUCGCUAACAACGUCAACUACGACAUACGCCUGGCAAUGAACUUCAAUGUAAAUGCAAUGCUGCUGAUUAGCCAGAAGGAAAUCAUUGGACCGACUGACCUUCCCGGCUUGACCUCGGUGAUGUUACUGGAUGCAGUCGUAGCUAAGAUACAGGUGUCUCUGGAGGAGACCUUCACCAGAGCUAUGGGAGACAUAGACCCUCACAAAGCUAUGGAGAUUGCCCUGGACCUGAUCCCAGCCACACUGCUACAGCUUGAGACCUACAGUGUUUAUGUGAGGUCAUGUAUCCUGCACCAGCUGAAGCUGGACGAGGACAGCGAGAUGGUGCUGACUCCACGUCAGCUUGAUGGGUAUGGCACUGUGAUGAGUCUGGGCUCCACCUCUCCCUCCAAGGUCUCGGUCCUGGGGGCAGACAUCAUGGGCACCCUGCCCCGCCCAAUCUCCCUAGCCAUCGAUGUUAAGUGGUCCUCCAACACCCACAAUGAGUUUCCUAGCACAGGGGCAUGGAAAAGUGACUUUACCAAUGACAUUUUGCCAGGAGAGAGCUACAUAGACGCCGUUCUUACAGCCCACACUGGUACACUGUCCAUGGAGCCCACCUUCAGCAUCAAUGCCUCUCUGAAGCAUGUCCUUAUGGCUUUAGUCAAAUUUGCCUCGGACCUUGUGAUAUGGUGCCCAGACACAGCCAGCAGUAAGGAGAUGAUCAGAGUCAUGUUUCCCUUCACACUGGACGCAUCAACGGCCUACCUGGCUGAUAUGGUUACCCAAUCCCUAGAGCGGUUCCUUGGACCAGUGGAUGGCGAUGAAUUUAUGGAGAAGACAUUCCAUUAUGUAUUCUCUGUGUGUCACGACUUGUGUGUGAACUUGUCUGAGCCGGAAACUGGCCUGGAGGAGAAAGUCUUCCUUGAUUGUCUCAAGUUUAUGGAGAACCAUAUAGAGAAGGCGCCAGAGCGCAAGGCCUUUUACAAGUUCUACACAGAGUCUGCAGAUUUAAGCCAGCUGGUGUUGUCGGCUGCCAAGGAAAAUCUGACAUCUCAAUACUCCACAAAGAUUCUACGACUCCUCAGCAAGCUGUUUCAGCUGGCGGAUAAGAGUGGUGACAAGUGUUAUGAGGUACUCAGUGGAUCACUGUCCAGUCUGGCUCAAAUGGACCUGCCCAAGAUGAUACUACCCUCAGAGGACCAGGAGGAUGAGAACACCCUGAGAGAAAACAGAAUGCUGCUUAGGACAGUUACAAUGCAUCUUGUGAAACCAAACAGCCUGGUGAGUGAGAAGGUGCCCCUGUCUAUCCUGUGUUCCUUGAUUCCUCUGGGCGGGAUCCUCCUGACAGGGUCAGAUAGGGAGAUCACGGGAUUCCCAGAGCUGAUGAUGGUCAUGCACACCUUGGCUGGUGCUGGUCAAGGCAGUGGACACAGCAUGCUGUUUCAGGCCGCUACUGGAUGGCUUGACCGAUGUACGGUCUUCUUGAACAAAAAAGAAAUUCUGGAAAAAAUGACUUCAGAAAAUGGACACGCUAACAAGCCUAUCCUGGACACGUUAUGUUGCCUGCUGUCCUACAUUGGAGAAAUCCUGGGGGCUCUCAAGAGAAGCUCAGAGAAAAGCGGUAUUCUGUCGCCUCCCAUGGACAGUGAUAUGGCAGUACCUCAGGAAGGAGACAUGGACUGGAUGGAGGAUCUAACACAGGAGGAGGAUGACUCGGGAGGCGAGGACUCUGAUGAGGAAUCCCUCAACAACAAGCUGUGUACAUUCACUGUCACACAGAAGGAGUUUAUGAACCAGCACUGGUAUCACUGCCACACUUGUAAGAUGGUGGAUGGUGUGGGUGUGUGUACAGUGUGCGCUAAAGUCUGUCAUAAAGAACACGAUUUGACGUACGCCAAGUUUGGAUCCUUCUUCUGUGAUUGUGGGGCUAAGGAGGAUGGCUCUUGCAAGUCUCUGGUCAAGCGUUCUGCCCAGAGUGGAUUGGACAGUCUUGACAAUAUGGCGGGAGCUUCACCAUUCUCUAUGGAAACCAUGUUACCCAGCAGUCUGAGGCGACGCAUGUCGUCCCCAGGUCCCAUGGAGAAACAGACUGAUGUUAACAAGAUGGCCGAACAGGUGAACAAAGCCCGAGAGGCCUUGAGUCGUCAGGUGGAGGGGAGCAGGGAGAACCUGCUACAGCACAUGGAAUCAUCCAAUACAGUGAAGACUAUACUCAACAUGUUGGAGACUAUCCUUCCCACCCUUACCGACACCUACCAGAGGGUAUCACCCAUGGGCAGUACCCAGCGGGCUCAGAAGGCACUCCAUGAUCUCCACACCCAGCCAAAGACCACCGAGACCACUGAACAGCUCAUGACAGUUACAUUGGGGUCCCAGGAAGGUGCCUUUGAGAAUGUGCGUAUGAACUAUAGCGGUGACCAGGGUCAGCAGAUACGUCAACUUAUAUCGGCCCACAUGCUGCGUCGUGUGGCCAUGUGUGUGCUAGCAUCCCCUCAUGGCAAGAGGCAACAUCUAGCUGUCAGUCACGAGAAGGGAAAGAUCACAAUCCUACAGCUGUCUGCACUCCUAAAACAAGCUGACUCCAGCAAAAAGAAGCUUACCCUCACUAGAUUGGCAUCAGCACCGAUCCCCUUCACGGUCCUGUCUAUCACCGGUAACCCCUGUAACGAGGACUUCCUAGCUGUAUGUGGACUAAAGGACUGCCAUGUUCUGACCUUCAACAGUUCAGGAUCAGUAGCUGACCACCUCGUUCUACAUCCAACACUGCCUACUGCCAACUUCAUCAUCAAGGUGGUGUGGCUUCCAGGAACCCAGACGGAGCUGGCUAUUGUCACAGCAGACUUUGUCAAGAUUUAUGACCUUGGAGCAGAUGCACUGAGUCCUCAGUAUUUCUUCCUCUUGCCAAGUGGUAAGAUUCGUGAUGCAACAUUCAUCUUCUCCGAGGAGGGACGUCAGAUUGUGCUGAUGUCAUCCACUGGCUAUGUGUAUACCCAACAGAUGGAGGACAGCAGUAGUGCUAAACAUGGUCCCUUCUACAUCACAAAUGUACUGGAUGUCCAGCACCCUGACCUCAAGGAGAGUAACGGUCAGAUUGCAGGAGGGGGCGUGUCUGUGUACUACUCACACGCACUUCAGCUCCUCUUCUUCAGCUACAGCCAAGGGAAGAGUUUUGCCACCUACAUAACUGAGGAUCCUCUCCUGUUCUCUAUUGCUCUUAAAAGUAAUGGUGGAGGGAAGGGAAGUAGCAAUGGUCAGCCCCUGGUCCAGUGGUCAGAGAUCCCAGGACACACUGGCCUCAUGUACUGUAUGACCCAGACCUCUAACAACCCAGUCGUGCUCAUGAUCAAACCAGAUGUCAUUCUAGCACAGGAGAUCAAGGUUGUACCUGCCAAGGCCAAGGUCAGUACACCAAAGAUUCAAGAUGUAGUGGCCAUUCGACAUUCUGCUUCCAAUUCAGAUCAGCAACAGCGGACAACAAUGAUCUUGUUGUGUGAGGAUGGCUCCCUAAGGAUCUACAUGGCUAAUGUUGAUAGCACCAGCUUCUGGCUGUCCCCCUACCUCCAGCCCCAGUCCCCUAUCGCAGUGCUCAAACCUGCAAAGAAGAGGAAGAGCAGCAGGACAGGGAGACCAGUCGGCUCUGUGUCCUUCCCCAUAGACUAUUUUGAGCAUUGCCAGCAGACCAGCGAUGUAGAGUAUGGUGGCAAUGACCUUCUACAGGUGUAUAAUACUACCCAGGUAAAACACCGACUCAACACCACCGGCAUGUACGUAGCCAGCACCAAGCCGGCUGGAUUUAACAUUGAAAUAAACAAUACCAAUGCAUCCAAUGUGAUGGUGGGUUGUCGUGUCCUGGUCGGUAGUCAGAAUGUACAGAGGGCACCGUCCUACCUGGAGGUGUUUGGGCGUACAACGCAGGUAACGUUACAGGUAAACCUCACCAACAGGUACCGCUGGUUUGACCUGCCUUUCACCAGGGAAGAAUCUCUUAUGGCUGACAAGAAAUUUACCCUGUUUGUGGGAGCGAGUGCAGACUCUGCAGGAGUGACCAUGGUCGACUCCAUCAAGGUGUUUGUGAAGACCAAGGAAGCGUUUGGCUGGCCAGAGGAGGCAGAUGAGUUUCCAGAGUCCCAGGCAGUGGUCAAACCUGCUGCAUCCACCGCAGCCAUCACUAACAUUGACAGUGACUCCAUACCCUCUACGCCCUUACCUCUAACCUCUGCUGACAGACUUCUGGGGAGUGCAUUAGAAGUUUUGGACGGAGCAUUUGCAUCAUCACUAUGUGAAGAAAAGGAUCCGCUACACCAGUUGACCCUGGAUAUCGCCACCAGCCUGCUGACUCUGCCGACACCUCACAGUGUACAGCAGCACACCAAGUCUCUCUUGGCCUCACUGUUCCCCAACAGACUGUCCUACUACAACCACAAGGACCAGGCUGAGCUGGUACAUGUUAUGACCUUGCUGUCACGAGAGGAAUGUGACAUGGAUGUAGAGGCGUACCAGCGUCUGUUGGUCACCGCCAGGUCAGUGGCUGUUGCCAGGCCACACAACCUCAUCAAGUUUGCAGAAAAGGGCUCCAUGGCUGCCAGCAGUGAGGAAGUAUUGGAGGUCACAGACCUGGAGCAGGAGGAUGGAGAAGAGAAAUUUGAUAGCCAGUAUAUGUCCAAUCUUUCCCAGCUGGACAGUAAGGAGACUGGACACUUUGUCACUCACCUAAUGGAGGCCUUCUGGAAACUACACACUCUAAAGCCUCCUAACCCCAUGCUGGCUCCUGUCUGUCUGCCAGGUCUGAGUCAUGUCGAUGCAACAGUUGGGGCCCUAGUAGAAAUCAUUCAUGCCUUCACUGUGUGUGAGAUUGAUAACACCCCACUCGCCACCAAGAUGUAUGUCCGUCUCCUGCUCUGUCAGGACCAAAUGGUGAGCUUCGCCUGUAAGCAGGCCAUGAUCCGAUGUCUUCGUCCCAGACAUCGUCGUCGCCGGGUCUGUAUACCCUCACCCCCCAGGUGUAGCUCACCAGGGGUAGCAGAAGAUGAUGAUGAUGAUGAAGACGAUGAUGAAGAUGACGACGACGAUGAUGAGGACAAGGGAGCCAAACCAGCAGCACCUCCUGCUCAGCGCUCACUGCAGGAAAUGGCCCAAGAACAGCAAGACGAGGACGAUGGGGACGAACACUUUGAAGUGGUGGAGAACAACGAGCCUAUGGUAAUGGAGCCUGGAGAACAGGGUCACGGAGGGCCCAUACCACUUGAAGCACUGUUUGCAGGUGGGGUGAACUUCCCCCCCAUGGUUGACAUCCCCCCGGAUGCUGACGAUGAGACAAUGGUGGAGCUAGCUAUUGCUCUCAGUCUGCAGGAUCAGCCUGGUCACAGCGGUGGAUUGGGACUACAGGGCCUUGGCAUCAGCAGGUCACAACAGGGUGCGAUGUCCCUAGAAGAAGGGCCACUGUCAGAUACAACAGCCUCGGCCCCUGGCAGUGACGAUGAGAUUGGCAGUAAUGCAGCAACAGACGGGUCCACACUACGCACGUCUCCUGCAGAACAUGCAGGCAGUGGUGGCUCAGAAAGUGGAGCUAGUGGACGAAGUAGUGCAUACGGGGAGAGGGACCGGGAGAGCACUAUGUUCAGUGCCCGCAGCGAGACCAGCAGUGUGGGCAUGCACAGUGGCUCACUUCCUCAGGAAACAGAGGGCUCAGAAAUGGACGCAGACUAUGACACAAGUGUCAGAUUACACAACCUACGCCUGAUCUUACUGGAGCGCCUUCUACAAUACAUUCCCGAGGUGCGGGAGGUGGGUGGUGUCCGUGCCAUACCAUUCAUGCAGGUUCUUCUAAUGCUGACCUCUGACCUAGACAGCGAAGAGGAGAAGGACAAGGCUGCACUGGACAGUGUGCUGACCUCUCUCAUCAAGGAAUUGGACCUUUCUGGACAGGGCCUUGAUAAUGUGUCAUGCAGAAGUAAGAACUUUGAGGUCAAGCUGGUAUUGCUGAGGUUACUGAGUGUGUUGCUGUCCAGGACAAAGGCUGGAACCAAGCCUUCCUCAGAGUCGUCAUCCUCCUUCAUCAGUAACACGUCAGCCUCAGCACUGAUCUCGAGUGACAGUAUCACCUACUGUCUCAAGAUCCUGUGUAACCUACUGCCCUUCUGGAAACAGUUCUCCUCUCAGGAGGAGGAUGGAAGUGCUGUGACUGGCCAGUUACUGAAGCCACACCCCACACAUCCACCCCCAGACAUGUCGCCCUUCUUCCUACGCCAGUAUGUGAAAGGUCAUGCCAGUGACGUGUUUGAAGAUUACCCACAACUUCUCACAGAGAUGGUCCUUCGACUCCCAUACCAGUUAAAGAAGAUAUCUGACGGUGUGGCCAGUGUACCGGCUGCCAGCUUUGACUACACAUGGAAUACAACACUUGCUGAGUACAUGAUGACACAGCAGACUCCAUUUGUCAAAAGACAAGUCCGCAAGUUACUGCUGUUUAUCUGUGGAACCAAGGACAAGUAUCGCCAGCUGCGAGACCUGUAUGCUGUGGAGUCCCACCUACAUACUGUGAUGGACCAGUGUAAGGAGGGAGGACUUGUUGUAUCGGAGGCUAUACCUACCCCCAUCAUACUGUCUUAUGACACACUACUGAACAUCGUCGAGCAUCUGAAGAUCUGUGCUGAGAUCGCUAGUGAGCGCCCAGUCAACUGGCAGUUGUAUUGCAGAGAUCACCAAGGAGUGUUGGGGUUUCUAGUGAGGGCCAGUAUUGUGCUAGAUGAGGGAGUGGCACCCACGGUCCUACAGCUGCUACAGUGUGCCCUGUGUGGGUCAAAGGGUCCAGUCACUGGUCACACAGGGUCUGGGGGUGGGGCUGCCACCAGUUCCCCAGCCAAACACAAGAAAGACAAGGACAAGGACAAAGACAAAAACGAGGAUUCUGAUGACGGCCAGCGACACGAUGAAGCUUUGUGUGUCAAUCUUGUACAAUUGUUGAACCGUGUCCUGGACAAAGACCUGAUGAUUCGCUUCCUGCGCACCUUCCUCCUGGAGUCCAAUGCCACCAGUAUACGCUGGCAGGCUCACAGCCUGCUCUACAACAUCUACAAGAACUCCAGUCUGUCUGAGCAGGAACAUCUACUAGAGCUGAUGUGGAGCCUGUGGAAGGAACUACCGCUCUAUGGACGGAAAGCUGCACAGUUUGUCGACCUACUCGGAUACUUUGUACUCAAGACGCCUCAAACCUCUGAGAAAAAGACCAAACAGUACUUGGAGAAGGCUAUAUCAGUGCUGAAAGAGGAAAACCAGAUUCUUUCCAACCAUCCUAAUGCCCAGAUCUACAAUAUGUUACAGGGGCUGGUUGACUUUGACGGGUAUUACCUGGAGAGUGACCCCUGUCUAGUGUGUAACAACCCAGAGGAGGAAUCCACGAACCUGAAGCUGUCUGCCAUCAAGGUAGACUCCAAGUUUACAACGACCACACAGAUUGUGAAGCUGGUGGGGAGCCACACCAUCUCCAAGAUCUCUCUCCGCAUCAGUGACUUGAAGCGCACCAAGAUGGUACGAGUGAUGAAUAUCUACUACAAUAACAGGACAGUACAGGCCGUGGUCGAGCUCAAAAACAAACCUGGACUAUGGCAUAAGGCACGCAAAGUGACCUUGUCUGCAGGUCAGACUGAUGUGAAAGUGGACUUCCCGAUUCCUAUCGUGGCGUGUAACCUGAUGAUAGAGUACGCUGACUUCUACGACAAUCUGCAGGCCACGGCAGAGACACUCCAGUGCCCACGGUGUAGUGCCUCUGUUCCCGCUAACCCAGGAGUGUGUGGCAACUGUGGAGAGAAUGUCUUCCAGUGCCACAAGUGCAGAGCUAUAAACUAUGACGAGAAGGAUCCAUUCCUGUGCAACGCCUGUGGCUUCUGUAAAUAUGCCAAGUUUGACUUCACUCUGACAGCCAAGACCUGCUGUGCUGUCGACCCUAUAGAGAAUGAGGAAGACCGCAAAAAGACAAUCUCAACUAUCAACAGCCUACUGGAGAAGGCUGACAGGAUCUACAAACAGUUACAGCAUCACCGCCCUCUACUGGAACAGCUGCUGGUACAGGUUACAGAACACAGCUCGGAGAAACUGCCGCAGGAUGAGGCUGCGACUGGCUCAGGUGGAAGUGGAGCCGCGGCUGCCAUUACCAACAGUAGUGUUAACAAGUCAAUACAACAGCUCGCCAUCAAGUAUUGUAGUGAGUGCAAGUCCUCCUUUGACGAACUCAGCAAGACCAUACAGAAAGUGUUGGCGUGUCGUAAGGAGUUGGUGGAGUAUGACUGUCAACAGAGGGAGGCUGUGGCCGCAGCUAGUCGAGCCUCGCCACUCUCUUCUCCCCGUGACACUGCAGACAACACCAAGGUCAGGGAGGUCACUUGUAAACCCAAGGCUACUAAGGACAUAGGGCGUCCAAGCAACUGUUAUGGCUGUGCCAGCUCAGCAGUGGAACACUGUAUCACACUGCUGAGGGCUCUCGUCACCAACACCAACCUCCGCCAGAUACUGUGUAGCCAGGGAAUGAUUAAGGAGUUGAUUGAUUUCAACCUAAGACAUGGGACACUAAAUGUAAGGACAGAAGUACGCCACCUCCUCUGUCUCCUCACCAAGGACAGCCGCCGAGGCACAGAGGAGAUGAACAACCUCAUCAUGACCCGCAUCGCUGCUGCCCUCAAGGGUCACUUCUCCAACCCUGACCUGGGAUCAUCUGUGAGACAUGAGAUCCUCCUGUUGGCACGAUCCCUACAGCAGGAAGACACCUGCUGGGAACAACGAGUCCGCUGUGUGAUGAGGUUGUUUUUAAUGGGGAUGCAGCUGAAACAGCCUGUAAUCAUGGACAGCAUUACACUCCCUUGUCUACGAAUCCUCCAGCAUCUCAUCAAGCCAGGGGGAGCCACUGUCAGCACCACUGUCACUGUUGUUAAUGAAAAGGAUAACAGAGGUCCAGAAGUACAGCCAUCUGGUGUCGGACAGCUGCCUGCCGAGCUCCACGUCAACAGUAAGGCAUGGCUAGCUGGUGAUCCGAGGAACUCUUUCCAGGCGUGGCGCAAACGUCUUCCUAAGAAAGUGUCAGUAUCCCAGGAGUCGGAUGAGAAGCCUAAAGACAGACCUAACAAGAAGGAGGUUAGAGCACGCUUCCUGAUGGAGAAAUAUGCUGCCAGAUGGCGCCAAAAGAUGUGGAAGACACCUGCCGUCUGUCUGAAAUUGACGCAGACCACGUGGCUGAAGCAGGCAAUGUUCUCCCCAUCAUCCAGAUCAGCACGUCAGACAGCCUGCAGCAUUGUAGAGUCCAUAGCUCAGAUGCCAACCCGCAAGAAAGAAAUCAUAGACAUGCUCACUCUCUGCCUGGACGACAUCGGUCAGAGUGGAGAGAGUGCUACCAACUUCCUGGUACUGUACAAACGCCUCAUAGCACCAUCCUACUGGAAGUACUACCUGGCUAUCAAGGGUCUGCUCUUCCACAUAGGAGAACUUAUCACAAAGGAGGUGGAACAGCUUCAAUACCUUGAGGAGACGACCUUGACCUCUGACCUUGCCCAGGGGUUUGCGCUGAAGGCUAUGAUAGAGCUGCUGUCCCUGUUUGUAGAACAGGAAGUCAUCAAACAGCACUACAAGAACAAGCUGGUUGGCUAUGUCCUCAAUGGUUACCUGUCUCUACGCAAACUUGUUGUCCAGAGGACGAAGCUCAUUGACGACACCCAGGACAAACUGCUGGAGCUACUAGAGGAGCUCACCACAGGUACAGAGUCAGAGACUAAGGAAUUCAUGCAGGUGUGUGUGCAGACAGUGAAGAAGUACCCCGAGGAUGACUACCGGUCUCCUGUAUUCAUCUUUGAGCGGCUGUGUAGCAUCAUAUUCCCUGAGGAGAGUGACACAGGAGAGUUUCUUAUGAUCCUGGAGAAAGAUCCACAGCAGGAGGACUUCUUGCAAGGGAGGAUGCUGGGUAAUCCCUACAGCACAAACGAACCAGGUCUGGGGCCACUGAUGAGGGACGUCAAAAACAAAAUCUGCCAAGACUGUGAGUUGGUUGCCCUCCUGGAGGAUGAUACUGGGAUGGAGCUGUUGGUCAAUAAAAAGAUCAUCAGCCUUGACCUGCCUGUACGUGAGGUCUACAAGAAAAUCUGGGCAGUGGAGCAUGGCGAGGGAGAACCUAUGCCAAUUAUCUACCGGAUGCGGGGACUACUAGGUGAUGCUACUGAGGACAUGGUCAACUCACUGGAUACCAGUACCGAGGAAGAUGUAGACAAGGAGGAGGUGUACAAGAUGGCCAAUGUACUGAAUGAGGGGGAAGGUCUCAAAGUCAUUUUACAGAGGUUGCCUUCCAUCAAGGAUUUGGUGUUAGGUAAACAGCUGAUGACAGUCCUCCUCAAGCUGUUUGGGUUCGCUGUCAAUGUCAAGGCUAACCGCCAAGAGCUCAUCAAGCCAGAGAUGAACACCAUUAAUAUCAUGCUGGGGGCCCUCAAUAUGGCAUUAUGGGCUGAACAAGAAAGCUCUUCCACCAAGGCACAGACAAUCUCAGAACAGAUCCUGCAAAUCAUGGAAGUCAUACUCUUGGAAGCCAGCUCCCAGCCACCUGAACAGUACAGGGAUUUCUCUAAGCUUUGCGGUGACAAGGACCAGUUGAUGCUGUUACUGGACCGUAUCAACAGUCCUUUUGUGCGCUCCAAUGCAAACGUGCUACAGGGCCUGAUGAGACUCAUCCCCUUCCUCGCCUUUGGAGAGGAGGAUAAGAUGCUGGCUCUCAUCAACCACUUCAAGCCCUACAUAGACUUUGCCAAGUUUGACCUAGAACACAGUCAAGAUGAGCUGGUGCACCUGGAUUGUUUCUGUGCUGUGGCCUGUAGUAUAGAGAGUAAUGUGAAUGGUAUCAGGCUGAAGGAUAUGAUUGUGGAACAUGGUAUCUGUAAGAUGGCAGUGGACUACAUACUGAAGAACACACCAAUGUUCAAGACACUCCUAGCGACUGACGCUGAGAACUGGAAGGACUUCCUGGGUAAGCAGGCCCUGAGCUAUGUGCUGCGGCUGCUGACAGGACUGUGUAGCGGCCACCCGCCCUCCCAGCUGCUGAUUGGUGCAGAGUGUAUCCCCAUCCUACACAAGCUGGAGCAGGCCUCAUCAGACCAACACAUAGGUACCAUGGCUGAGAACCUGCUGGAGGCUUUACGCGAACACGAGGAGGUCGCCGCAAAGAUUGAAGAUUUCCGACACCAAACCAAAGCAGAGAAGAAGCGAUUGGCCAUGGCAAAGAGAAAGAAACAGUUGGGGGCACUGGGCAUGAUGACAAAUGACAAAGGUCAGGUGACGGUGAAGGGCUCCGUGCUGAAACAGAUGGAGGAUUUGAAAGAGGAGACUGGUCUCACUUGCUGUAUUUGUAGGGAAGGUUACCGCUACCAACCACAAAAGGUCCUGGGAGUGUAUACAUUUGCCAAGCGUGUAAACCUGGACGAUUUUGAGUGUAAGCUGCGUAAGACCCCAGGCUACAGUACAGUAUCACACUUCAACGUAAUCCACGUGGACUGUCACACAGCGGCUGUGCGCCAUGCACGCGGUCGUGAGGAAUGGGAGAGUGCAGCUCUUCAGAACGCCAACACCAAAUGUAACGGUUUGCUACCGCUCUGGGGACCCCAGGUUCAGGAGUCGGCCUUCGCAACCUGUCUUGCCCGCCAUAACUCGUACCUUCAAGAGUGUACAGGCGUGAGGGACCCCACCUAUCUCUACACGGUCCACGACCUCAAGAUCCUCCUUCUACGCUUCUCCCAGGAACGCUCCUUCAGUGACGACAGCGGGGGAGGUGGGCGUCAGAGUAAUGUGCACCUGAUACCACACAUGAUGCACAUGGCCCUUUAUGUUAUAAACACGACAAGGUCAUUCAGCAGAGAGGAGAAAAAUCUAACAACAUUUUUAGAACAGCCGAGGGAGAAAUGGGUAGAAAAUAGCUAUGAGACGGAGGGUCCCCUCUACUGGACUGUGAUGGCGUUGCAUGUCAUGUCAUGGGACAAAUGGAACCAGCACCGCCUGAAGUUCCUGGAAAGGAUUCUAGUCCUCGCUCAUACACGUGCUGUUAGCCCUGGUGGGGCCAAGAGUUUAUCUAACAAGACAGCAAAGGAGUAUGGUGCCUACAAGCCCUACCUAGUGUUCUAUGGUCUGGUCAUAGCUCUGUAUGACAAGGGGUACAAGGUAAGCCAGCGUACAGUAUAACCCGGUGUUCUAUGGUCUGGUCAUAGCUCUGUAUGACAUGGUGUAUAAUGUAAGCCAGCAUACAGUAUAACCUAGUGUCCUAUGGUCUGGUCAUAGCUCUGUAUGACAAGAUGUAUAAGGGAAGCCAGCAUACAGUAUAACCCAGUGUUCUAUGGUCUGGUCAUAGCUCUGUAUGACAUGGUGUAUAAUGUAAGCCAGCAUACAGUAUAACCUAGUGGUAUAUUGUCUAGU